AUGUCAACUAACAAUUUAUUAUACUUCAGCGAUCAAAGCUCAUCACCAACACCCCAACCACCACCUCCACCCAACAAAAGAAUCCCAUCCCAUCUAUCCACCAGAUCAUUCCGGUCAUCAGACAGUCUAGAUGACGACACCGAUUCAAUCUCCACCACCACAACAACUACAUCCCACACCAAACGACAUAGACCGAAUGAUCAACCCUCACACCCGACAUAUCCUGAUAAUAUCCGUAUCUUAUUAGAACAAGCCCAAAAAACCGCAUAUGGUGCGGCGGAAGCUAUUUUAACCAAUGAUGGCAAGUUAGGCCAAUCUUUCCAAGGAACAUAUCGUGCCGUUGAACAAUUAUGUAGAUUUAAACAUGAACAAGUCUCCAAACUUGCUGAUUAUGUAUUAGGUAAGGUCGAGAGUGAAUUUCGCCAUCUGAUAUUAGGAAAGAUUAAGAAUGAAGUCCCGUGGGAAAAUGCUGAUGAUGUUAGACAAAUUGUGGCGGGGUUUUUGGAAGUGUAUGAGAAUUGGGAUGAGAGAGUACGGAAGUUGAGUAAAGUGUUUUUAUAUCUUGAUAGGGGGUAUUUAUUUGGACAUUGGUCAAAACCGACCAUAAUUGAAUGUGCGACGGAUAAUUUCGUCAAAUAUGUCUUGGAUGCGAAUUAUGUUAAUGAAGAGGGUGAUGAGGAUGAGGUGGAUGGAAAUCCAAAGGAAUUGUGUAUUCGGACAUUGGAUGCUCAUAAUCGAUUACUUAAACAAUGUCGAGAGUUCCAGGAUCCGGGGGAUAUUGAAUUAUGUCAACGAUUUACGAAAUUAUUGAAUAGGUUACAUAAAUCUCAAACACCAGCAAAAUUCGAUUUCCAUACUCAAUUAUUGAACGAAAUAAUUGGACAUUAUGAUCAAUUGAAAGAAGAUUGGAUAUGUGAUAAAACGUAUAUUUCAAAAGUUUCUCAACAGAUUAUUUGGGAAUGUCAAUAUUUUAAAUCUUGUGGGAAAUCAAAUGAAUUUUUGGGAUUGUUGUAUAAGAAAUUACUUUGGCAUUUAUUAUUUUAUGAUUUUAGUACGAUUUUAAAAGAAUCAUUUGGAUAUUAUUUAUUAGAGAAUGAAAAUGUGGAGGAAUUGAAUAAGAUUUAUAAAUAUUGUGGAAAGACCAAGAGUUAUUAUUCAUAUGAUUCGAUUAAUAUAUUUAUUUUUGAAUGGGGAGUGGCUACAUUUACUGGAUUUGAAAAUAUACUUGAAACAUACAAGACUAAACCAGGACCAUCAUCGAGUGAUUGUAUAAUAGCAAUUGCUGAACUCUACAAUCGAUACAAAAAAUCCGGUGAUCUUAUCCUGAAUGGAAAUGAAAAAUUAGAAUUCGAAUUAAGAAACUCCCUAUCAAAAGCCAUCAAUCUACCUAAAUAUAACAUGUCAAUAAUCUUACAACUAUGUAAAUAUUGUGAUUCAUAUUUCAAAACCAAAAAACCAUCUUCCUCCACCAGUUCAUCAUAUGACACAUUCAUCACAAAUGCCAUGAUUGUCUUCAAAGUCAUAAACAACAAACAAGAUUUCAUGUUAGCUUACAAAAAAGACCUCUCGAGACGAUUAUUAUUAAGUAGAACCCCCGACAUCCCCCAGGAACAGAAAUUAGCCCAAGAAUUCAUCAACCUAAUUGGAGAAACUGAUGAUGAUUCAAUUGCGUUAAGAGUAAUGUUUAGUGAUUUGGAAUUAUCCCAUAAUUAUGCCACCCAAUUCAAACCCCCCAUCACCAGUGGUAUUCUAUUCAAUCCCGUGAUUUUGGAUCAGAAGUUCUGGCCCGAGAUUCCGAAACAAGAAACCAAAUUGGUCUUACCUGAAGAGUUGGCGGAUAUUUUGACGGGGUUUACAGAGGAAUAUAGGACAAAUAUGGGUGGGAGUCGAUUUCAGAAUCGGAAAUUGGAUUGGACAAAUUAUAAACUACAUCAAUUGAGUAUAAUUGGACAUUUUGAUUCUGGGGAUAAAGAAAUCACGGGGAAUUUAUUACAAGUACUGGUGAUAUUAUUGUUUAAUGAACGAAAUUCAUAUUAUUUCCAAGAGAUAUUGACUAGGACUGAAAUUGAAGAGAAAUUAUUAAGAAGGGUUUUGGAUAGUUUGAUAUCGGAGAAGUAUCCAUUAUUGAAACAUACUCCGGAUGAUGAAUUUAUAUUCAAUUCAAGGUUUGCUGAUAAAUCAACCAAGAUAAAACUUCCAAUGAUUAAAGAUAAGGCGGUGGCAGUAGCCGAGAAGCAACAAGAAGGAGAUAUUGUAGCAUUAAUUGAAAGAAAUAGAAUAGAUGAAUAUAAGAGUAUGAUAAUGAAAUUGAUGAAGCUGGCAAAACAUAUCAGAAUGACUGAUUUACUUACACUUUCAAUUGAAGCAUUGGAAAAGAGAAAUCCUGUCACUAUUCAAGAUUUAAAAACAAGUAUUGAAUCUUUAAUUGAAACUGAAUAUUUAAAACGGGAAGAUAAAGAUAUGAUCUCCUAUAUUGCGUAA